CCCACGUGGGCGAGGGAGCGCCGCGGCGCCGGCUGGCAGGCAGACAAGCGGGCAAGCUGCUGUGCCGGGCAAAGGCGCGGCUGGGCCAGUCCGGGGGCCAGUCUGGUGGCCACCGCGAGAGAGACCACGAGGCAUAGGCCUCGGCACAGGCUGAUGAGACAAAAACGCAACCAUGCCUGAUUAUUAGAGCGCUUGGCGGAGGACGCGGAAGAAGGCCCAGCCUGUCAACGGGUUUCCUCCGGAAGUUCGGUUGGGGAACUAAAACAGACUAGUUAAAAUGGCCUAGGGAGGGCGUCGAGCAAUAGAUGAGGGGCCUCUUGUUACGAAGCCAUUCUCCCACCCACUUUUCAUCUCCUGAUUUCAUUUAGUAACCUUACAGAGUUCGAAAUCUUGAACCCGUGUCGAAGCAUAUUUAAGUGCCAGUUCCUCCUCCUAACGAAAUACUAAAGCACACAGUUGAAAACUAGUGUAUUGUUUUUAAUGGACUUCAGUAUUACGUAAGGCUUUUUAUUUUAACCGCCCUGAUGGAAAAGUGUUGGAAGACUGUAAUCACGAUGUAGGGCUUUUAUACACCUGCGCAAAUGCCUUCCCAGAUUUUGAAUACUGUGUAGGCAAAUGAAUUAACCAUAGUUGCUAUUGAUUGAUUUCUGUCCCCAAAACUUUGGAGCAGUGCAAGGCUCAGGGGUAGCAGGUGAAUAGUCACUGGGAGGGUGGAUCCAGAGAUGAAACUCAGCCCGGCUCUAGUGAAGGAACAAUUAAUCAGUUGUUAAGAAGUAUACACUUCAAUGGAAUGAUGUGGAGAAGACAGUGCACUUGCAAAUAAAAACAGAAGGAUAAACAUGAGAUGUUUGCAUAAAAAUCUUUUAAUAAAUAUGGGUAGAAUUCAAAAGCGGAUCUGUCUAAUGUGGGAGGAGUUUUGAGCCUGGCUCUUGGAGUGAAUUUGGGAUUUCAAGAGUUUUCUUUGGGAGUUCUGGUCCUGGCUCAGCGGUUAACAAACCCCGAUAGUAUCCAAGAGGACACAGUUUCAAUCUCUGGCCUAGCUCAGUGGGUUAAGGAUCUGGUGUGGCUGUGGCUGUGGCCAAGACCCGUCUCUGUCUCUGAUUCGACCCCUAGCCUGGGAACCUAUAUGCCACGGCUAUGGCCCUAAAAAGACCAAAAGAAAAGUUUGCAUUGAAGUAGGACAAAUUGCUUAGACAAACUGAAACUUAGAAGACAAGAUAUUUUGGAACCUAAGAAUCAUUUUAUUGUACCUAUAACCUUUUAAAAUUUGUCAUUUAAGGAAUGGUUAUUGAAUCCCCCAUCAUAGGCCGAUCAUUGUGCUGCUCCAGCAUGAGAAAGAUGGUCUUAAGGUAGCAUAACUGAAGUCUGCUGGCUUCCAACUUAAUGCCCUUAAGACAUUGCUGUGCAGAGAGUGAAUGUUGUAGGUUUGAGGGAAAUCAUGACAGAUCUGGAGGCUCAUUUCUUAGCAAAAUUUUAACAAAAAUCACCUAUCCCACAAGGCUAUUGUGAAUAUUUUUUCCUUUCUAAAAUCAUUUUGGAAUAACAUAUUUCACUUUUGUAAAUCCCUUUUAGGAGGCUUCCCUAAACUGCCAGUCUCCCAGAGGAGGUUAGACUCUCCAGUAUUUAUCUGAUUUAAUUCAGAGCAUGACAAGCUGAAUUUCAGUAUGCAGAGAAACCAAAAAUUGUAUGCAACAGUUAAUUCAGAAUUCAUUUAUGUUUGGUUGUGUAAUCAGCGAUGAUGGGAGUUGCCUUGUGGCUCAGCACAUUAGGGAUUCAGCGUUGUCACUGAAGUGGCCCAGGAAUUUCCACUUGCCACAGGCAUAGCCCCCCCACGCCGCCAAAAAAAAAAAGAAUAAGAAUGAAAAAAUGAUGAUAGCUAAUACUGAGCAUUUUCCCCCUUUUUUUUUUUUUUGCUUUUUAGGGCAGCACUUGCAGCAUAUGGAAGUUCCCAGGCUAGGGGUCAAAUUAGAGCUACAGCUGCCGGCCUACACCACAGCCACAGCAACUCAGGAUCCGAGCUGUGUCUGCAACCUACACAACAGCUCAUGGCAACGUUGAACCUUGGAGGAUCAGAGGCGCAUCCUCACGGAUUCUAGUCAGAUUUGUUACCACUGAGCCAAGACAGGAACUAUGGAUUAUCUUAUUUAAUAUAAAAUAAUGUGCAUCAGAUUCACCCUUUAAGCUGGCUAAAUAUAAAAGUCCUUCAUAUUUCUGGACUUUAAUGUAGUGGCAGCUUUUCCUGAUAAAAAAGUCUUCUUAGAAAUAACUGCUUUUUCAGUCAAAAAAUAUAAACAUUCAUUACUGGUUGCUUAUAUAUUUCUGUCCAUUUUGCUCAUUAGUUUUGAACUCUUUUUUUUUUUUGGUCUUUUUAGGGUUGCAUCCCAGGCAUGUAGAGGUUCCCAUACUAGGGGUGGAAUAGGAGCUAUAGUUGCCAACACUGGAUCCCAGCCUUGUCUGACCUACACCACAGUUCACAGCAAUGCUGGAUCCUUAACCCACUGAGCAAGGCCAGGGAUCAAACCCUCAUCCUCUUGGAUACUAGUUGGGUUCAUUAACCACUGAGCCACAAUGGAAAUGCCGACCCUGUUUUAUUUUUUUGAAGGCUUUUUCUUUUUUCCUUAAGUCAGACAGAAUUGGCAAAACUGGUUUUGUCUAAUUCCCUUUUGAGGAAAAGCUUUGUCUAUAAGAAAGUAAUAAUUUAAUAAUAUUAUAAAAGUGAUUAUGUAAUAAUAGUGCUCAACACUGAGGAUGAAGCAAGAAACAGCCUUCUAUAUAGCAAUAAUCAUAUUUUGAUGAUUCAUUUAAGAAUCUUCCAGUUUUUAUUUUGUGACUAAUGUAUACAUAAAAUGCAUUUGAAUAUUUCAUUGUUAUUUUGAUCAACAAUCUGCUUAAAUGUCCUUCAAACCAAAUUUCAAGAGCAUUUAAUUACAGCAUCUUAUUUUCUUUAUUAAGUUAACAGGUUCAACUGUAAUUUGAACAUUUAGAGAUUUUUGUUUUAAAUAUUUUUCUUACACCAUUGAUUUUACUUUUCAUAUUUAAAUUGUAAAGCAUAUCUUUAUUUUUCCCAGUUCAGAAGUUCCUGUCUUUUGGGUUUUUGGUUUUUGUUUUUGUUGUUGUCGUUGUUGUCUUUUUAGGGCUGCACCUGCAGCAUUUGGAAGUUCCCAUGCUAGGAGUCGAAUCAGAGCUACAGCUGCUGGCGUACACCACAGCCACAGCAAGGCCGGAUCUUAACCCACUGAGUGAGGCCAGGGAUCAAACCAAGUCCUCAUGAAUACUAGUUGGGUUUUUACCACUUAGGCGUGAAGGGAAUUCCCAGAAGUUCCUGUCUUUUGGUUUGUAACUGAAACUGUCUUGUUUGACUUUUCCUGUGCCUGAAAACAUCUGACUGCUUUAAACAACUUUGAAUUAGAAAAAAUAAUUUCCACUUCAUCUUCUUGUUGGUUGAACACCGUUCUCUUUUUUGAUGGUUUUACAUUUCUUUUGCAGGCUACUUUAAGAAAAAUGGCCCUGUCAGCCCAACAGAUACCCAGAUGGCUCAAGCUGAGUGGCUUCAUUACUGCUGCACAACUCAGAGCACGUUUUCAGAGACCAGGGAGAACGCUGUUGCAUGGCUGUGUUGCUCAGCCUCAGCUGUCCUCUGACAAUUGCUUUCUCCAGUGGGGUUUUAAGACUUACAGGACUUCCUCCUUAUGGAAUAGUUCCCAGUCUACCAACUCAAGUAGGCAAGAGAUUAAUUCUGCCCAGAGCACUCUGCUUCCUUCCGUGAAUGAGGAGUCACCAAAGACACAAAAGACACCCAACAUUGAUUCUGAACUGUCUCUAGAAGGACUGGACGACUUGCCCGCACUGUCUCCAUUGCAGCCGGUUUCCGAGGAGGAGGCUAUUCGGAUUAUUGCAGACCCUCCACUGCCCCCUUCUUCAUUCACACUUCGAGACUACGUGGAUCAUUCGGAGACUCUGCAGAAGUUAGUGCUUCUAGGGGUGGACUUGUCCAAGAUAGAAAAACAUCCAGAUGCAGCGAACCUCCUCCUGCGGCUGGAUUUUGAAAAAGACAUUAAGCAAAUACUCCUGUUUCUUAAAGAUUUGGGUAUGGAGGAUAACCAACUGGGAACAUUCCUGACUAAAAACUAUGCUAUUUUUUCUGAAGACCUUGAAAAUCUUAAGACCAGCACUUCCGUAAACCUCUUUGGACUUCACUCAGCAUUCAAAGAAUGUAUUGACUCUGUGAGAACUGAUAGAGUGAGAGAGCAUCGGUGUGUGAGGGUUGCUUAUCUACAGUCAAAAAAUUUCAGUAAGGCAGAUAUUGCACAGAUGGUCAGAAAUGCACCAUUUUUGCUGAGUUUUUCCGUGGAAAGAUUGGACAACAGAUUGGGAUUUUUUCAAAAAGAACUUGAACUUAGUGUGAAGAAGACUAGAGAUCUGAUAAUUCGUCUCCCAAGACUACUAACCGGAAGUCUGGAGCCUGUGAAAGAGAAUAUGAAGGUUUAUCGGCUUGAACUAGGUUUUAAACAUAAUGAAAUCCAACAUAUGGUCACCAAAAUCCCCAAGAUGUUAACUGCAAAUAAAAGGAAACUUACUGAGACUUUCGACUACGUGCACAAUGUGAUGCGAAUUCCCCACCACGUCAUUGUCAGGUUCCCCCAGGUAUUUAAUACAAGGUUGUUUAAAAUCAAAGAAAGACAUUUGUUUCUUGCCUAUUUAGGAAGAGCACAGUAUGAUCCAGCAAAGCCUAACUACAUCUCUUUGGACAAACUGGUAUCUAUGCCUGAUGAAAUAUUUUGUGAAGAGAUGGCCAAGGCCUCAGUACAGGACUUUGAAAAAUUCUUAAAAACUCUUUAAUUUUUGAUGAAUGUUACCAUGUAAUAAUGUAAAGUGAAUGUUUAUAUGAAUAAAUUAAUAUAUUUUUAAA